AUGCUAAGCUUGUUAUACAGGACAUUUAUUUCCUCAGAGCUUUGCAAAGGGCUGGGAGGUCUAAGGCUUUACCAAACCUUGUUCAACUGGAUCCUUGACUACCUAACAGGCAGACCCCAGUUGAUCUCUUUGGCACACAAAUUCAAUCGUGUGAAGAGCAGCAGUGAUGUAGUGGGAGCGGUCCUGAAGGAGCUCAGACUACAGGCUGCAGAGACUGAGGAGUCUGAGGGCUUCAGGCUGGCUGUGGCCAUAGAUGGAGUCAACAGUCUCUGGGGGAGGACCACUAUCAAAAAGGAGGACAAGAGCCCGGUGGCUCCAGAGGAGUUGACAUUAAUUCAUAACUUGAGGAAGAUGAUCGAUAAUAACUGGUGUGGGGGGGCUGUCAUUGCCACGCUGUCUCAGACGGGGUCACUCUACUCACCAAGCUCUGCCUACCUGCCCAAAGAACUGCUGGGAGAGGAGGGCUUUGACAGCAUGGACCCAUUCAUUCCGGUACCAGUGUCCAACUACAGUGAGAAGGAGUUUGAGAGCUGUUACCUCUACUACCUGGACCGCCACUGGCUCCAGCACCCACACAGUAAGACAGAUGAAGGGAAGAAAGAAAUUAUCUUCCUCAGCAACAGAAACCCCUCUGUCCUAGAGAGACUUUGUGCCUUCCUCUAAAAUAAGAUACCCUCCUACUGACACAUGUUUACACACACACACACACACUCAUGUACUCUCAUAACACACACACUCUGAUACAGGCACAUUCUCAAAAACACCUAUACACUCAUACACACACAAAAAUUGCAGUUCCAUAUUUGUAUCUCUCUAAAUUAUUCUGUUAUGAAACAUAAUACUGUCUCUUUAAUAAUAAAAUGUGAACAGUAUGAUG